AUGGGGAACGUUGCGUCGAAGGAUGGUAAUGAUGGGAGUUGUCCCCAUCAUGAUCUCACUGAAGAUUCUCGAGCUGAGUUUGUAGGGGGUUUCUCUUUCCACGAGUUUAGUAUGAUUUUAUCAGGAGCGUGUUGUGGGAUCACGCUCCUUGUCAUGGUUUUCUUCACACAGAUGCAUGCAACACAUCUUUCCAACCCAACAGAACAGAUCAAGAUCAUGAAAAUAGGAUCUCUGAUCAGUACGUACGCCUUGGUAUCUUUCUUCUCAGUGGCCUUCCCGGCUGCUUCAGUGUACAUGCAUCCUUGGCUGGAUGUCAUUGAGGGAACGGCUCUGGGGUCCUUCUUCCUUCUUCUUUGCGACUACAUUUCUCCGAGCCAGGAACAGCGCGAGGCAUUCUUCGCGACAAAGCCAAAGUGCGGCAUCAGAUGGUUCAAGCUUCGAUGGCUUCAGAUUUUCCAGUUCCCCAUUAUCGCGCUGGUUCUGGCAAUCAUCACCAACGCCACCGCAGCUACAGGAGCUUUUUGCGAAUGGCGAAGAACGCCUGGAUCCCUCAAUUUCUGGAUCCGCUUGAUCGGCUCAAUAUCCCUGGUGAUGGCGAUGGUGUCUAUUCUUCAGGUUUAUGGCGCCACCAAGGUUGAUCUCGCCCAUCACCGCCCUCUUGCAAAACUAUUUGCCUUUAAGGCGGUUGUUGGCUUGACUUUUCUCCAGACACUCAUCUUCUACAUCCUCACCAGUACGAACACACUGAAGGAAACCGACACGCUGACCUUUGCCGAUGUGAAUAUUGGCAUUCCUAAUCUCAUUGUAUCUAUUGAGAUGAUCCCGCUCUCCAUCUUUUUUCUCACAGCCUAUCCAUGGAGCGUCUAUCUAAUCCACAAUUCAGAUGGAAAGUCCUCCCCGGAUCCCCAGAAUUCUAUCCAGUACAGCAAGCCCUACCAGGGCGGCCCUCUUGGAAUUUAUGCAUGGAUGUACAUGCUCAGUCCUAUUGACGAGCUGAAGGCAGCUGUAUUUGCUGUACUGCAGUUCUUUACCAACCGGGUACCCCAGCGAGGAAGCGACUCCCAUGAGAUGGAGCAUGUCCCUCUUGCCUACCAGGGACAACGCAUGGGUCCUUGA